AUGGGCGACGGCAAGGCUGACAUUGACAAGACGUUAACCCCGACUGAAAAUUUGACGUGGCCAGUCCUAACCCGAUCAAAUUAUCAAAAUUGGGCGUCUCAUAUUCAGUGUAAUCUUGAAGGGUUAAAUCUUUGGGAUGCCAUCGAGAUGGGUGAGAAGGCAGAGAGACGUCAAGAUCGGUUGGCGUUGGGUUCUAUGCUCCGGGGCGUGCCAACAGCGAUGCACUCCAUGCUGCCCAACAAGAAGACGGCUAAAGAAGCUUGGGAGGCUAUCAAGACUAUGCGUCUUGGGACGGAUCGCUUGAAGAAAGUCAAUGCACAAAAGCUCUUAGGCGAGUUUGAGGCGAUGACAUUCAAACCCGGAGAGUCUAUUGACGAUUUUGCGCUUCGCAUAACCAAGCUGGUUACUGAUCUGCGCGGUCUCGGUGAGGAGAGCGUGACUGAUACAAGGAUGGUGAAGAAGUUCUUACGUGUUGUGCCAUCAAAGUAUUCUCAGGUGGCAGUGGCUGUUGAGAUGGUAAAAGAUCUCAAAACUCUCACCAUUGAAGAUUUGGUGGCGCAUCUUAGGGCGGCUGAGGAAAGACUUGAAUCAUCCGUUGAUCAGGUUGCAGAGAAGGCUACAAAGCUUUUGUUGAUGAAGGAGAAGUGGGCUGCGCGAAACAAAGCUCGGAUGAUAUCUGAAUCAUCUGGAUCAGGUUUCAAGGGUGGUGGUGGAGGUCAUCAGGCCCAUGACAAGAAGCACCGGAAGCGUUCCAACAAAGGUGGCGAUGGUGUGGCGAGGGACUCUGGAUCCUCUUCUCAGAACACGCCAAAGAGGAGGGGCAAGUGCGGGAAGUGUGGGGCUUAUGGACACUGGCACAAGGAGUGCCCAAGGCGUAAAGCACAAGGGGACAAGCAGGAGGUAGCUCAUCACGUGAACAAUGAAGGGGAUAAUGGAGCACUAUUGGUUGCUCAGGUGUGCAACGUGGUGCGCACCACCGCGGUAGGAGGAAACAACGUGUUUUUAAAUCAAGAACGUGUAUUUCCAUCCACCUAUGAUGUAAGAACCUGGGUGCUUGAUACUGGAGCCACCAACCAUAUGACAGGUUGUCGAGAGUCUCUGGCAUCUUUGGAUGAAUCAGCGAAAGGAGUUGUCAGAUUUGGGGAUGGCUCAAGGGUGGAAAUCUGUGAGAUGGGGGCAGUCACAAUCGCCGGGAAACAUACAGAUCACCGUGUUCUCACCGAAAUGGAUGAAGCCGGAUGGUUGUGGCAUGCUCAGUUUGGGCAUCUUAACUUCAGGUCACUUCAUGACCUAGGCUCCAAGAAGAUGGUGGAUGGUAUUCCUUUGAUACAGCAAGGUGAACAGGUCUGUGAUGGUUGUGCUCUUGGCAAACAUCAUCGCAAACCGUUUCCACUGGCGACUGCAUAUCGGGCAACCAAGGGGCUCGAGCUGGUGCAUGGAGAUCUCUGCGGGCCGGUGACACCGUCAACCCCGGGUGGCAAGUUAUACUUCUUGCUGGUAGUUGAUGAUUUUAGUCGCUACAUGUGGGUGGAAUUCUUGAAAACAAAAGAUAAGGCAUUUGAGAGUUUCAAGAAGAUACAAGUAGCAGCAGAGAUGGAAUCAGGUCUGAAACUGAGAGCGCUCAGAACAGACUGA